AAGAUGAAGAAACAAGAUAUAUUGAUAAUUCGAAUGAUGCUCUUGAUAUAAGACCAGAACAAUAUAUAAAUUUAAGAGUUAUAGCUAAACUAAUAGCAAUAGAUACUAUGAGCACCAAUAAUAAAGAAAGAAAAAGAGCUAAUACAAGUGAAACUGGAUCUUUGUUGAGUGAAGAUUCUGUAGCUAAAGAUAAAAAGUUACAAGAAGAACAAGACAAA